AUGCCUUGGACGAAUCCUGCACAGCUUGAAAAGGGAUACUAUGCGAUCCGAAAUGAGAGCCUUCCAGGUGGCAAGGAUAGUCGCUGCAUUAGUCCCACUAUGAGAUGCACGGAAAAAUUUCUCGAGGACGCGGCGCUGGCCGAGGAGCUCUUGGAGGAUUUUCGGCGGAAGAGGGAAGCCGGAGAGCUCUUCACGCAGCGCUGCCAGAAACUUCAAGAUAACCUCUUAAAGAAGGUGAAGCUGUCGCUGCCUAAGGAUGGAUUUGUCCAUUUUGGAGACACUGUGAUGCUUCUGAGCCCGGACAACAACAAAUCCUGGAUGGAGAAUUACCCUGGAGUGUGCGGCAAGCUAGUGUUGGCCGUUAACCUGGACGAAGUUGCCAUGUUUACGGCCGAAUCACUGCGAGCACCCUGUGGAGUUAGUGCAGUCAAAAGCAUGGACCCAGUUGGUCGAAAUACUUUUUGUAUCUUAAGUGUUGAUGGAGGUGCGGUGGGUGAACCCAUUCGAUUUGGGCAAAAAUUUGGUCUUGGGGCAACAGGGGGGUUUUCUGAUCAAACGUUAUAUCUAGCAAGUGACCAUAAAUCAUUUCUAAGAUUUGCUAAAAAAUCUUACCUUCAGCAAGUAUUUUUGACAGAUGAACUUUCCUAUUUGACUCGCUGGCAUGCAGCAUUCCUGGAUCCACAGCUGCGUCUUGAAUAUGAAGGAUUUCCAGUUCCUGCAAACUCUAACAUUAUUAUUACUCAUUGCCAUACUAAUCAGAGUUUGGCUGUUCCAAGGAACUUUUGCAUAAGGUCUUAUUUUGGAAUGGAAUAUGAAGUAGUUUGUCACACCUAUCUGAACUCCCAUAAAGCUGAAGAAGAUAAGAAUUAUUGGGUAAUAGUUACAGGAAAUCCCAGUGAUGAGGAAAGUACUAUGAUUGAUAGACCCGACCCUCACUCAGAGGGGAUCAGAAAGAAGAGUGACUUUCAUGAAAAGACACAGAAUAUAAAAAUCCCCGAUUAGAACCUACAAAGGUUGAUGAGAUUGAUUCCUGUUUUUUUCUGUUUAGAUUUUAAUUCUACAGAUGUUUAUUUUAAAAACAGAAACGGAAGUCUAUCCUUAGUAAUAUAACAUAAUCUCACUAACUCAUUAAGGUUGUACAGUGGGCAAUAAUUGUCUAAUCAAAUGUGAUGAACCAUGCACAACCUCAAAAAUCCAUGAAUCAAGAAGGGCUCAUUUUCCCUUUUCCACGUUCACUGAUGCCAAAAGAUGUCAACAUCCAGUAAAUCUAAUACGUUUGCAAUAAAAUACUGGCCUUCAGAGGUAUUUAGCCAAUUCUUCCAAAACCAAACCUGCAUCUCCUUUUUUAAAAAGAAUGAGUGUACACUUAAAAAGUAGAAUCAUGCCAGCUAUCAUGGGAUACUUUGACAUUUAAAGGUGAUCUGAGAGAACUUUGUGCUAAACACAGCAUGGAGCAAGCUCAGCAACCAAUGUUACCGAUUAAAAAAAAUCAAAAGUGAGGUCUCAGUAUCUCAAAAUUGGCUUCAAAUUCAUGAGAAAUAUAAUAAAGGUGUAAAUUGAUUUUCUUUACCUUUGUCCAUGUGUGUCUAAACUUUUAAGUGCUAAGUACUCUGAAUGCUUGACCACAGUGAUGCAGCCUGAGAACUUCUGACAACCUUUUCCAAAGUUGCAAAGCUUGCAUUACCACGCUCCGUUUGCCUCCCGCCCUCAGAAUUUGUUCAUUCAUAAUAGUUUCAACCAAGUUUGACAGCAAGGUAGAAUUCCCAAAGAAAACGAAGUUUUCUAUAAGUUUCCUGAAAAUACAUGCCAAGGUAGAAGAGGCAUGAGAGACCCUGUAAGUUUGUCCAAUAAGAAAAAUAUUGUAGCCCAUGUUCAUACCUAAUUAGAGACUAGAGAUUCCACUUGAAAGAAAAUUAUUAUAAAUGGCCCAAGCAUGGCAAAAGUUUCAGCUGGAACUUGCAUUUUUCUUAAAUACCAAAAUCAAUCAAGCAUGAGACACAAAGACAGGGAAAACAGAUAUCAUUACUUUAUAGCGCUACCUGUCUUUAUAUGGAAGUUGAAACUGCACCACAGAGAAUCUUCUUAAAGUACAGCACACCAUUAUAUCCCUUUAGUAAAAUUACACAUAUAUCUGUUCCAUUUUAUAACUGUAUCAGCACCAUAAAGGAACAGCAGGCUGUUUGUGCACAUCAAUUUAAGUAAGGGAAUUUCGGAGUAAAAUACUACGUAAAUCUCUGUUCUUAAAAAGGAUUCCAAAGAUCUUAAAUGUUCAUGAAGGUCAAACAAAACUUUUUAAGUUUUACUGAAACAAAAACACUAAACUUUCACAAAGGAAGGGACUGAACCAAACGUGAUGACUUCCAACUCUGUCCCAGGUAGACUGUCAGUUUCAAACCCACUGGCAAGACUUUAAAACCAUUUGCCUUUACUCAAUAUAAAUAAAUUCAGCAGACUGCAGAAUAGCCUAACUAGCACUUGGCAUAUAGAGUCUCAGAGCAGGAGACAGAUUACAGUUCUAUGAGCUACAGAUCUGCUGUGGAGGAAUCACAGAAGACAUUUUUUGAGUCACAUUCUCAGUGUGUGAGCCUUGAUAGGUCUUUUAUUGGUGGGGUUAUGCUAUUUUGAAUCUGGCCAAUUUAACAGCCUUUUUCCAUUGGGUUAAUUGUAAGAAACAAGAAGAGGCCUUAAACCAAAACCAGUGCUGAAACAAAGCUUCAUGCGGAUUCAUGCAGAAAUGAGAACUGUGUAGGCAGGGAGCUUGGCUGGCUAAAGUUGUGGAUAGGAGUGUUUGUGUGACUGCAUGUGCAUGGGAGAGAAGCAAAACAAGUUUUGUACAGUCUUAAAGCAAAACUAGAGAUGAGCAGAUACAGAAAUGAGUGCAGAAAUAGACAGGUGCUGGAUAAACGUGGCUGGCUUGGAGCCUCUUGGGUGUUUUUUCUGAUCAUUCUACAGUUGGGGGAAAUAAGCAGGAUUGUUGGAAAAAUGCUGGGUUAUUUUGCUGUUGGAACAUAAACAGGACUGUAUAAACAACUCCUAAUUCCAUUAUCUAUUUUCCUUCUUAAGUAAUACAGUUUUAAGGCUACAGAUUUAUGCAUAGCUUCUUAUGGCACAUAAUACAUGUCUAUAAUUCAGUUGAUUUAUUAUGUUACAUUUAUUAUGUUAUAUUUA